AUGGGAUCUGAUAUGAACUCUGGGCACUGGGAAGUUUUGAGUAACCUUCUUGCCAGAUUCGAAAGAGAACCAAAACAGAUUAUCGGAAGACGCACUACUUCCUGGUUUUUGGUUGGCGAAGAAAUAUUUAAAGAGUUCUACAAACUCGGACUCACCAUAGAGUGGCAAUUUUCUAGGAUUGAGAGCAACUACGACGUUAAUCACAUUUGCUCUCAGAUACAAAGUAAUGUUGGUUGGCUGCAAAGUUUUAUAAGUCUUUAUCCGAAUUUAAAACUCGACUUUGAGUUUGCCUGUUCCUCGGAUGACAUUUGCCAGGUUAGAUCAGGAAUUGAUGUUUUAUUGAAAGGGUUUGCAAAUUUAAACGAAAAUUUUGAUAGUGUCUUAAGAGAAUUAACUGAAGAAGGAGACGUUGAAGAUUUUGAUCGCUGUUUAAAAAUUUGGAUAGAAACGGGCCACCGUCCUGACUUCUUAGGUGAGACAAAUAACGUAUUUCUGGAACAUUGGUGGUGGUUUUAA